CGCCACUUUUGUCGUUUUUAACUUUUACGGGGACUUUUAAAUCGUGGUGACUGUUCUUGCGGUGUCUGAUUACCGCGCGUAAUAUUUCUUAUCAAAUCGCUCUGCUUUAAUUCAUCUUAUCGUUUAAUAAACUGCUGAAUAACAUACGGAUAUUCACUACUUCGGAGAAAAUCUAUCUAAUCAGUGGGGUCCGAUGAGAAGAUACCAUUGAUCAGGUUUGUGACCGUUUGUCCGUUGGUUGCAAAAAUAGCUCCUUCGACAACGUGCCCACUCUAUUUUGGGUUCACUUCGAUCAUGCAGCUUCUACCCUCGGGAUCGCUCUCGUCUUCCUCACAAAAUCUCCCCAGUUACUCUCUAAUAUGCGAGUAUGAGCCGUUUAGUAAAGGCUUUCUUUGUUCUGUUUCUAAUCUAACCUAACGCUACGACAAUCGUGUUUACGUUUAACUACAAACGACUGAUACUCCGUUUCAGGAUAUCGAUUUGAUUGUUUUAAGAAGCUCGGUGUUAUGACAAUUGUGUGAUUUGACUUCCGGUUGAAAACAAGCUGUUGUUUUGUUGAUUUUUGGGUGAUUUGGAACUAGUCGAAAUACUGGGAAGGCGUGCGUUACUUAUGAUUAUUUGGUAAUCCUAUUUGUUGUGAAUCCACCAACCCGGUUUUUUUCUCAUUGUAUUGUUGGAUGGCGAUCAUCAGAUUAACCAUUCCCAGCAUAGUGUUCAUUAUCGCGUAUGGUUUAGCCGGGAAUUUUCGGCUGCGGCAUAACGUGGGCGCUGAAUCGGAUCAUCAGUAUGUCGGUGUGCGACAUUACUCGCGGCAGUAUCGUCGUCAGGCGGUGUCCGAUCCGCUGACUCCCAGCGGCACGGCUGUAACGGCCAACGAUUCCUCCAGUCCGAUUAUUCUCGGAUUUCGCCUGAACAGCGGCGAGACAAUACUGACGGAGGAUGGCGCAGUUAAGGUGUUGGAGGAUACGGAAUUCGAGUUGCGGGUGUUUGGGAUACACUUCGGACCGGAAAUGUCGCUGGCCUUCACAACAACGCAUCUGCAGUGCGACAAUGAUUUGACGGAAAGGUAUCAGCCGCGGAUCGCAUCCAACAAUGUGGCGGUUUUUACCAUUAAAUUCGCCAGCAGUGCCAAGCAUGAAGUUGAUAAAUAUAGUUUCUGUAUAAAGCUGACGAACAACCAUAAAUGGACAAGCCAGAAAAACGAUAGCUGGAUGCAGUUACAUGCGUAUCCCAAGCCUUCGCCCUAUCUGUUACCAUUGUGGCUGCAGAUCCUGUUAAUUAUGUUACUGCUGACGCUUUCCGGUCUCUUUUCCGGGCUCAACUUGGGUUUAUUAACCCUGGAUGUCACUGAGUUGAAAAUUGUCUUGAAAUUGGGCUCGCCUCGUGAGCGCAGUUAUGCCAAGGCCAUCAUGCCCAUCCGCAAGAAGGGCAAUUUUUUGCUGUGUACGCUCCUCUUUGGCAACGUCCUUGUCAACACGACAUUAACGAUAUUAAUGGACGAUCUGACGUCGGGGCUGGUGGCCGUCAUCGGGUCCACCAUGGCCAUUGUGAUUUUUGGUGAAAUUGUCCCGCAGGCGAUCUGUUCGCGGCACGGAAUGGCCGUCGGAGCCAACACCAUUUGGUUGACGAAGUUUUUCAUGUUAGUCACCUUUCCCUUGUCGUAUCCGAUCAGUAGAAUACUGGAUUAUUUCCUCGGCGCGGAAAUUGGCCAUGUCUACAAUCGUGAGCGCCUGAUGGAGUUAAUUAAAGUGACGCAUGGAAUGAGCGACCUUGAACAGGAAGAAGUGAAUAUCAUCUCUGGGGCUUUGGAGCUCAAGCGAAAGAAUGUCGCGCAGAUUAUGACGCCGUUAAACGAAGUUUUUAUGAUAUCGUACGAUGCCAUGCUGAAUUUCGAUACUGUUUCGGAAAUUAUGCGCCAAGGUUUCACUCGUGUGCCUGUUUUUGAUGGCUCCCGUACCAAUGUUGUUGCACUGCUGAACAUUAAAGAUUUGGCUCUCGUGGAUCCGGAUGAUAGCACACCGGUGAAAACGUUGUGUAAAUUCUACAAUCACCACGUUCGAACGGUUUUCGAUGAUACCACUCUCGAUGUUAUGCUAGAGGAAUUCAAGAAAGGCCGGUCUCAUAUGGCUUUCGUACAGAGAGUGACGGCGGUGGGCGAUUUGGACCCGGUGUACGAGACGGUCGGCGUGGUGACGCUGGAGGACGUCAUUGAGGAGAUUAUACAAUCGGAAAUCGAAGACGAGAUGGAUACAACAGCGGAGAAUCGGCGCCGAUUAAAGCGCCGUGAUAUGGCGCUGGCCCAGCCGCAGGCUGAACAGCCCAUCUUCAGCGGAGCUUCGGCGCCGCAGUAUCAGUCGCUCGUUACCCCGCAACUCCAGCUCGCCACCUUCCAGUUUCUCAGCACGACACUGGAUCCCUUCCGUGAGGAGAUUAUUACCACGACUAUUCUUCGUCGAUUACUGCGUCACACGGAAGCGGCACGCUUCUGGAAGCUGAAAGACGGCACGGAGCCGCCGCAUCUCUACACAGCGGGUCGGCCGGCUGACUAUUUCAUCCUGAUUCUGGAAGGCCGCAUUGAAGUCAAAGUGGGAACGGAGCAUCUGCUGUUCCAGAGCGGCCCCUUCACAUACUUCGGCAUAUCGGUGUUGAAUACGUUGGGCGAAGCGCCGCCGCUGCUGCACAGUCCGGUAUUGUCAGACCGUUCCGUGGCCACGCAUCCGGAAAUGUUUAUCCCGGACUUCACCGUGUAUCCGGUGACGGAUCUGCUGUAUCUGCAGAUCAGUCGUGCGCAGUACAUUGCCGCCUAUCGAGCGUCCAUUGUGGAGCGCGGCAAAUCGGAGAUCAUGCGUGAUGAUGGGCAGGGAACAAAGCGUCACUCCAUUGCCACGCUGCCCGAACAGCCAUCGAAUUAUCCCAGUGCCACACCGAUCCUGCAGAAAUCGGUCCUGGCCAAUUCGAAUGUCAGUCUGAAUAAUGUUCAUCUUGUGACCAGUGAGGCAACCGCGGAUGGGGCGCUGCCGUCGUAUAAUUCGCUGGAGAUGCAGAAUAUGCGCUCGGGAUCGCUUACCGGUGCGACACAGUCGAAUGGUCCCGUAAAUAGUUCCCAGUUGUAAAACGAGUCAUUUCAUCUGUUUAUCAAAAUUAACCUAUGUCAGUAAAGGAUUCUGUUAUCACCUGCAGCUUCGUAUAAUUUUGUACGGUUGGGUCGUGUUGGGUUUUCGACAAAUGAUUAGUCUUCCCCGGCUGUCAAUCCAAAGGAUGCGUUUUUAUAUGUUUUAUUUCUGUGAUACGAGCUGUUUGAUUGUUUUUUGUCGAUCAUAAAUUUUAUUUCUCAGUAGGUUGAAUUUGUGGACAUCAUAUUAACCACCUGGUUUUGUGUUGUUGGUGAACGGUGAUUGUCCAGACCGCUGGACUGCGGUAAUAAACUAUUGCGCUGUGU